CGUUUAUCACAGCAAGCAUUAUAUGAUGAAAAUCGGUGAUAACGUUGCAGAGUAUACCCUGACUUCUCGAGAUACAGUGACAGUUGCAUACUUGACAGUGGUCAAACCGGACUAAAGAUGGGGAAACUAAAUUCCCUCUUCCUGAUUAUCACCUUGGUAGUUGUAUUUGCUGUUAUUCAUCCAGGAAAGUCAUUUAAAUGCUACAUAUGCAACUCGGAGGACGAUCCAUCUUGUGGAGAUGGACCAUCCAAAGACCUAUCCAAAGUGUCCCAGGUACAAUGUCCAGAUCCCAACAUAAAACCUACGGAAGAACCUACGGAAGAACCUACGGAAGAACCUACUGAAGAACCUACGGAACCUACAGAACCUACGGAACCUACGGAACCUACAGAACCUACGGAACCUACGGAACCUACGGAACCUACGGAACCUACGGAACCUACGGAACCUACGGAACCUACGGAACCUACGGAACCUACGGAACCUACGGAACCUACGGAACCUACGGAACCUACGGAACCUACGGAACCUACGGAACCUACGGAACCUACGGAACCUACGGAACCUACGGAACCUACGGAACCUACGGAACCUACGGAACCUACGGAACCUACGGAACCUACGGAACCUACGGAACCUACGGAACCUACGGAACCUACGGAACCUACGGAACCUACGGAACCUACGGAACCUACGGAACCUACGGAACCUACGGAACCUACGGAACCUACGGAACCUACGGAACCUACGGAACCUACGGAACCUACGGAACCUACGGAACCUACGGAACCUACGGAACCUACGGAACCUACGGAACCUACGGAACCUACGGAA